UCAAAAUCAAUAGCUACAGUGUGUUAAACUGACAUUUCUCAUCUUGUUCCUCUAGGCCAAUGUGAUUACUGCAAGAGACAUUUACCUCUUUGGAUAAGUUAAUUAAAAGAAUCAAACUCCCUGAAGAUAACCUGCAAGCAGCUCUGAGCAAGUCAGAACAUUAACAGAAGGAUUUAAAAUGAAUUUCAUCAAUUUAAAUUAUCAAACUGUGAGCUCUGAGGAUGAUCAUAAGAAUUUUCUAAAAAAUGGUUGCUAUAUACCAGUCAACAAAAGAAGAUACAGAAAACGGUUUCUCCGCAAAGAUGGGAACUGCAACAUCCACUUUAAACGUGCAUUUGGUGAAUGGGAAAGCUACUUUUCCGAUAUCUUCACAACACUCAUAGAUCUCAAAUGGAGACAAAUGUUUCUGAUUUUCUCCUUGUCCUAUAUAUUGUCAUGGCUCUUCUUUGGUUUUGUUUAUUGGAUCACAGCAGUUGUCCAUGGAGAUCUGCAAAUUGAAGAAGAAAAUCUAGUGCCCUGUAUUGUCGAGGUUCACAGCUUCACUGCUGCUUUCCUGUUCUCUAUUGAAACACAAACAACUAUUGGUUAUGGAUCUCGCUGUGUGACAGAAGAAUGCCCUUUUGCUGUUUCUAUGGUCACUUUCCAAUCAGUGAUAAGUUGUUUAAUUAACACAUUUAUCAUUGGCGUUGUAGUAGCGAAAAUGUCCAAAGCCAGAAAGAGAGCUCAAACAAUUAGGUUUAGCAAUAACGCAGUGAUAGCUGUAAGAAAUGGGAAACUAUGCAUGAUGUGGCGUAUUGGAGAUUUUCGUGAGAGCCACAUCAUUGAAGGUACUGUUAGAGCUCAAUUACUCCAAUUUACGGUAUACGAUGACAAUAAGCUAUCUGUGGAACACCAGGACUUGCAAAUAGUCACAGGCAAUAUCAUUCUCAUUAGUCCUGUCACUAUUGUACAUGAAAUCAAUGAAAACAGUCCACUCUAUGACCUUAAUAAGAAAGACUUAGCUGAAGGUGACUUUGAAAUCAUAGUUACAUUUGUCUAUUCUGAGGACUCAACAGGAAAUACUCAUCAGUCUCGAAGCUCAUACACUCCUCUGGAAAUCCUAUGGGGUCACCACUUUAAUGAAGUUCUCAAAAACAAGCCAAGUUACUAUAAAGUUAACUACUCCCAGUUUCACAAAACUGAAGAAGUGACAACACCAGAAUGCAGUGCCAAGACAUUGUAUUCCACACCAGAACAUAGCAUCAAUGUGCUCACGGUAGCUGGAUUGGACAGUGAAGAUGGAAAGUGUGAGAGCAUGGUCAUUCCAAAUAACAAUGGAGAGCACGAUGAAGAACAAUAUGUGUACCCAAAGCCUGAAUUUACAUUCAGAAGCCUCUCUAUGGAGUCAGAACUGUGA